AUGACUUCCUCGCCAACACCUCAGUCCUGGGACCACUGGUCGCAACAACAGCAGCAGCAGCAACCACAACACCACUCUGGAUAUCCCAUGAGGGAUCAGUUUGCCUACCCUCAGUACGCCCCGCAGCCGACGCAAUACGAUUCUAGUACAAGCCAGUAUGAUCAGAGAAUUGUCUUCACCUAUGGCCCCCUCGUCGCCUCUCAUAUAGCUCCCUAUGUGACAGCAUCAGCCUAUGGUGUAUCUCCCUUGUCUGACUCGAAGCGUCGUUUCCACGCCCAGGGCCACCACUCCUAUGGCCAGUACGACCAGCCGGCCGGCCACCUGGCCAUGCCUUACUCUAUGAGUCCCCAGCAAGAGCAGCUCGGUCUCCCCGUGGUGGCCAAGAUUUCCCAGCACCAUAUGAAAGGACACUGGCUUCAACAACAGAGCCCUUCUGCCGCCAGGAGUGAGACCUUGAGUGCUCACAGGCCGCCAGACCCCAUAAACACAAAGGAGAUCGCCUAUGCCAAGCCUGUCAUGACAGACGAUGUCGUCUUCACCACUCCUGUCGAUGUCAUGAUGAAGGCCCUUCAGAAGAGGAAGGAUAAGGAAGAAUUCGCCUGCAGCAACUCUUCAGAGGCCGGUACCGGCAGCGUCAAGUCGGACCCGUCUUCACCCCAUCCGAAAUGCAAGUGGCAUGGAUGUGACCGUCGAUUCUCUCAGCCUGGUAACCUCAAGACACAUACUCGUCUUCACACAGGCGAGCGCCCCUUCGAGUGCGAGAUGUGCGGGGCCAGUUUUUCCCAACGCGGAAACCUGGCAGCACACAAGGCUACGCACAGCAAGACCAAGCCUUUCGUGUGCAAGCUCGACACUUGCGACAAGUGCUUCACUACCCGAGGUAAUCUUAAAAACAAGUACCACAAGGACAAGAUUGCCCAGCUUGCGGACUGGAUCACCUCCCUCACGAAUGUCGACGCUUUGUCGCCCAAUGACCGCGACCUUCUCUGGUACUUCUCCAACAUCUACAAGAACAGCAAUAAGGGCAUCAAGGGCCGCGGCCGAGACCGCCGGGUCAGUGAGGUCCGCAUGGGCAAGACGAGGCUCUCUUCGCCCGGUAUGGGCCUCCCCCGAUCAAAGAUGCUAUACUCAUCCUUCUUCCCCCUGGGGCUGGGCUUCUGA